UGAUCCAUCUGAGUACAACAACUAUUUGUUUGGUGUUAGUUACUUUUAAUCAGAGUGACUAACACCUCAAAAAACAAUAAUCAUUCAGGGUAUAGUAACCAUCCCUGUCAGCUUUAUGAUCCAUGCAAAUACGACUGCUGUUUGCUAUUCUAAACACGGUAACUUAUCACCUUCAAGGCCUUAAUCAGCUAGAGUAAUGUAACUAUUUUUGUCAGCAUUAUGAUCCUUGUGAGUAAAAUUUUUUAAUAUAAUGUUUAUCACUGUCAGAUUAGAGUGAUGAUCCCAGUUAGUGUAAUAUAUUGUUAGCAUUUAUAUUAGUUGGAAUGCAAUUGUUAUUGUUAAAGAUUAAUGUUAUUGCUGAGAAUACAAUUACUGUCACCUGGAAAGUGAUUGUCCUUGUAAGUUAUGGUAACCAUCACUCCAAAUGCUAGGAUCAGCGUGAGUACAAUAACUGGUAAUAUAGUGUUAAUCACCAUCAGAGGGAUAAUCAGUGUGAGCACAGUAGCUGUUAAUGUAGUUAGCUAAUUAUCAUCCUCGCUGCUGUGAUUGCAUACAGUAAUCGUCAUCUCCAGUCAAUAUCAUUGUAGGGAAUAUAAUAACAAUGAAUUAAUAGUGUUUCCUAAUCCGUCCUCAGGGACUCACAGCCGGUCCAUGAGUUUUGCUCCUACCGAGCUCCCCGCCAAACAGUCCACAUUUUUGCGCCCUCCCAGCUCCUGGUAGGAUUAAAAAUGUGGAUUGUCUGUGGGCUCCUAUGGAGUGGACUGUGAAACACUGAAUUAAUGUAGGUGCAAAGUAGUAAGAUUUUUUAUUUGCGACUUAAGUGCACUGCUUUCCCAUGCAGUGUCAUGCCAGAGUGUCGAUUCUGUCCCCUCUGGAAAAAUGCAGAUCUGUGCUCCUUAAGUAUAUGUAAUUAAUACCAUGGCUCAUCAGAGAAAACGGUCCAUCCACCCAUCCUUCUCCCAAGCGCUUAUCCUGGUCAGUGCUGUGUUGGGAUGGCAGUACAGGACACAAUGCUGGGGUACACCUACAGUACAAACCCCUUCUACCUGUCUACAGCUUUCUGAGCAGCCACCAGCCUGCCCUGGCCCCCGGGAGUGCCACCCCAUGGGCUCUGCCUGUGUUACACAGCGUCUCGGAUCUGGUUUAUUCUGGAGUGUAACGCAAUGUCACGGGGAUAGCAAGGAAGACCUGGGAAAGUUGCAGUGACACCUAGACAUGCGGUCGGCCGUCAUGGUCUGGCUGUGGUUACUGGGGCUGAGUUACACUGAUGCCUUCAUUGGGAGUGGAAUGCGGUACACAUGACGAUCUGUCACGUGACCUGUCACCCAUUCCCCCUCCUCUUCAUAGGUGGAGGCGUAUUUCACCUAUCAUCAAGUAAUGUAUUCAGUGUUAAUUUCAAGGUAUCCUGUGAUCAGUGAUGUCAAGUGCCACUCGAGGUAGGGGGGGAGGGAUCCCCCAACCAAGAUAACAUUUUGUUAUUAUCUUCCUUGGCAGCUGAGGGAGUUGGGCUGUGUACAUAUGUGAGACUGUGCAUGCACAUACGUGCGUGUGGACAUGUACGGGAUUGUCUUUUAUUCUCUCAUCCAUUUUUUUUGUUUUGCAGCUGUAUUGUGUGUGUGUGUGUGUGUGCCCACCCACCCUGUGAUGGAGUGGUCUUCCUUCUCUGCACCCUCUGCUUCCUGGGAGAGGCUCUAAGCUGUGACCCUGUAUUGGAUAAGGAGCUGGAAUGGGAUGGCUGAAUUUUAUUGAUUUAUGUUUUUUAUUAUUAGUUUAAGAGAUUUAUGUGUUGGGGUGUGUUUGGCUGUAGUGGGAGGGGGCACAGUGACUGCCAGUGACCAGUGUGCUGAUUUAGAUCUGUUACCAGAUCUGCUGUGGGGGGAGAACAGGAAUAGCACCCCUCCCCCCAUUAGCUGCAGUGCUGUCUGCCCCCUGUUCCAAUCACUACAGAAGGAAAAAUCCUCCUGCUGGACAGAUGAACAAGGCUUGCCGCGACUUCCUGGAUCUAGCGGAGACGCACAGCCGGCGAUGGCAGCGCGCCCUGCAGCAUGAGCGUGAGCAGCGCAGCCGCCUGGAGGAGACCAUCGAGCAGCUGGCCAAGCAACACAACACCCUGGAAAGGGCCUGGAAGGAGGGCCCUCCACUGACAGCCAAUACACCUGCCACCGCCGCCGCUCCCGCCCCGGCCAAGGGUGGCGUAACCGAUUCUUCGAACUGUCAAAUUCUGCGUUACAUACCCCGAGCCCUCGGGCGGGCCGCCAGUUGGGUUCCAGUUUCUACUGCAGCUGCGGCUGAUGCUGUCCUCGUGCUUCCAGAACGUUCUGAGCGCUGCAUAGCGAGAUACCAAGGCUGUAUCAACCAUAAAAGCCCACCAGGUCCCACCUUUGGCAGUGAACGGCCACAGAAAGGGGAAGCGAGUGACGAAGAUGAGGAUACGGAGUACUUUGACGCCAUGGAGGACGCGCCUGCCUUUAUCACCGUGACCGCCACAGACCACACCCAGCACAAACGAUCCGUAAGCAACCUGAGCGGAGCAAGCGGAGGUCACCCCAGCGACUGGAACCAUGACGACAACGUGUCCCCCACCUGUAACGACUCCUCGGUAGGGAAGGAGCUGCGCAGGAGCAGGCGCAGCCGCAUCCCGGACAAGCCCAACUACUCACUCAACCUGUGGAGCAUCAUGAAGAACUGCAUCGGCAAGGAGCUCUCCAAGAUCCCCAUGCCCGUGAACUUCAACGAGCCGCUGUCCAUGCUACAGCGGCUGACGGAGGACCUGGAGUACCACGAGCUGCUGGACAAGGCGGCACGCUGUGACAGCUCUCUGGAGCAGAUGUGCUAUGUGGCAGCCUUCUCUGUGUCCUCCUACUCUACCACUGUGCAUCGCACAGCCAAGCCCUUCAACCCGCUGCUGGGGGAGACCUACGAGCUGGACCGGCUGGAAGACUAUGGCUAUCGCUCCCUCUGUGAGCAGGUUAGUCACCACCCCCCGGCGGCGGCCCACCAUGUGCAGUCACUGCGUGGCUGGUCACUGUGGCAGGAGAUUACCAUCAGCAGCAAGUUCCGUGGAAAAUACCUGUCCAUCAUGCCUCUGGGCGCCAUCCACCUGCAGUUCCAUGCCUCGGGGAACCACUAUGUGUGGCAUAAGGUCACAUCCACUGUGCACAACAUCAUCGUGGGCAAGCUGUGGAUCGACCAGUCGGGGGACAUCGACAUCGUCAACCACAAGACCAAAGAGACCUGUCAGCUCAAAUUCUCCCCGUACAGCUAUUUCUCCCGGGAUGUCCCACGCAAGGUCACGGGCGUGGUGAUGGACACCGACGGCCAGGCACACUACAUUCUCUCCGGCACGUGGGAUGACAAGAUGGAGAGUGCUAAGAUCGUGCAGAGCAGCCGUGGCAACAGCAGUUCCGAGGGCAAGCAGAAGACCGUCUACCAGACCCUGACACCCAAGCUGCUCUGGAAGAAGUACCCCCUGCCGGAGAACGCAGAACAGAUGUACUACUUCUCCUCACUGGCGCUGACGCUGAAUGAGCCCGAGGAGGGUAUGGGGCCCACAGACAGCCGCCUGCGACCCGACCAGCGUCUCAUGGAGGCCGGCCGCUGGGACGAGGCCAACGUGGAGAAGCAGCGGCUGGAGGAGAAGCAGCGGGCCGUGAGGAGGAAGAGGGAGGCCGAUGCAAACAGUGCGCUGGAGGAGGGCCGUGAGUACGAGGGCUACCAGCCUAUCUGGUUCAGGAAGAGGACGGAUCCCGCCACCGGGGAGGCCAGCUUUGUUUACGCUGGCGGCUACUGGGAGGCCAAGGAAAAGCAGGACUGGAGUCUGUGCCCUCAGAUCUUCUGAAUUCUCCCUGCCCCCCAACAUCACCAUCCCCUCCCCUGCUGAAUGCUACGGACUGUGUCAUCACCAGCAGCGGGAAGGCAGGGUCUCUCUACCGUGAAUGGACAUGUAUGUGAGAUAUAUAUAUAUGUGCGCCACACCUUCACUGUCAAACUGGAGACCAGGAGAGGGUGCCCCUAUAUGACCUUUUAGUGACUCUGCAACAUCCUCAUGUUUUACAGAUGUAGUGUCGCACAUGACGUGUGCCCACACACGGAUUGGGGUUCUGAUUCUCGGAGCAAUGCUUAUUCUGUCUAGGACACGGCCCGCUGAAGCUUCCGGAAGAUCAGGAACUUUACCGUGUGUAUUUCCCACAGUGCAGCACUACACAUGCUGCAGAGUCCCACUUUAGCUCAAGCAAGUUUGCAGUGUGUUGCUGAAGACUGAUUGAAUCCAAGCCCACAACUGGUCCUGCUUCGUGCUUGCCAGUGUGCAGUGGGAGGGCGGGCCUGCUAUUCACUGACAGAAGAGGCAUGGUAAACCAAAAACAGGAUUUAACAUUUUAGCCUUUUUGUAUGUCUUCCACAAAAGGAAUAUGAAUGGGAUCUGAGCCUGCCCAGCUUGAAGAGCUCAAGAUUAUUAUUAUUUUUUUAAUUACUAGGGUUUGCUGUUGUGGAUGAUGUUACUAAACUUGCUGAGAACAGGUAAAAUGUGACCCCCCCCCAGCAAUAUCUUCUCGAAAUUAUGCCCUACAUACUGAAAGACCCAGCCACCUCUCUGCACCCCCCCCCACCUCUGAUCAGACUGUUUCAAAAGGGUUGUUCCACCCUUCAGAAGAGGUAUAUUUGUGAUGGUUGCCAUGACUUUGGACUAUGUCACAAGAGUGCAGUAUGAAAUUCAAAGGUCAUAUUUCAGAACUAUUCACCUACUUUAUUUUACAUUGUAACAACGGUAAAAACAAGAUGCUAAUGAAGUGAAUUACCUUGGUACAAUCCAGUUAUUUUACCCAUCAUGAGAAAUGAAGUACUAAUUUUAAAUGUUAACAUAUAUUGUAUUUUUAUGCACCUAUGUGCAUAUAUUUUUACAAAAAAAAUUAAUCUUUUUGCCCAUCUUGUACAUAUGAUCAUGUAAAGAUGUGUGUCAAAUAUUUUCCCCAAGCAGGAAAUUAACUGUAAUUUGUAACUUUCUCUGAACCUUCUUUGAAACACAGUAUUACUUACCCAAAGUGUGCCACUGACCCUGGUCACCAUUGAGGAACCUAUAGCUUACCAGUCCUAAGAAGGUCACAGCCAUAUUACCUGUCGAGUGAGUGUGCGCGUGUGUGCUUGUGCGCGAGUGUAUAAACCCGCUUUGAUCCAUUUUAUCCCAUCUGGCAUCAUGAUACUUGAUGACCAUGAAAAAAAUACUAACAUGCACCGUUUAUAGAUUGAAUCUGCUUUUUCGACAAAUUCAAGUGCAAGUUGUAAAUGUAAAUUGGCUUACUUGGUUGGAAGUAAAGUUUGGGUGUCACAUGUAUUUCAUUGCAUUUAAAAUGAUCUGGAGUUAUUACAUUAGUGAGUUAUGCUUUCAUUUAGUGAGACAUGAUAAGCACGUGAAUGAAAAACGGGUGAUUGGAGACCAACCCGAAGAGAGACAGUUACUGACAUCUGUCUGUGACAAGAUACAGGAAACACUGAGAUACUGAUAAACACUCAGGUGUGACCUCACCUUAAUCUGUCUGUCCUGCUUGAUGAAAUACCACCCUGUGUUUACAUGUUGGUUUCUUUUAUUAUACAUUUACGUUAGAGGAGGGUUGAGGAGAGUUUUCUGUUUAGAAUGCCUGUCUGGUUGUGCAUUAAUUGUUAGUUUUGUGUUUGUUUCAGUCCAGUUCGGUACUCAAGCACAUCACACUAAAUAAUGUCCUGAGAGAUAAACCACAGAGGGAACUGCAUACAAUUUGUAGUUUUAUAGAAUAGGAACAUAACAAAGUGAAAUAGGAUGACAUUUUUGUCAUUUUAGAGUUUCCUUUCUUUAAAGUAAGCAAACCACAGUCAGCAUAAUCUUCUGUGCUAUUUGUACAUACGUAAUAAAUAUCUUACCACAAGGGUGUUUGGUCAUGCCCUUGAGGUUUUUACAGGUUUUCACUGUGUACCAGUGCUCAGUUAAAUGAGAAAUCUCAUUUUAACAGAGAAUAGCAAUCGAGUAAGAAGUACCAGACUGGUUAGUUUGGUGUUUUAUCUUAAGUUCAAACGUCCAACUGCUCUCUGUGGAAAUGACCCUUAACUGAGCAUCGGGGCAAAAAGGAAACGUGGUAGCCCCCGACCGUGACCGCUCACCCUCCUCUUAACAGUAUGUGGUGUGCAACUGUCAGGGAUGGAUCUAACUUACAAAGAUAACUUACUUUUUCAAUGUAUCAAAUGUUAAUACUAAACCUUUGGGGAAAAUGACAUUUCAAGCACACGUUUGUGUGUAUGUAUAUAUUAUAUAUAAAGAAAUAUAUAUAUAUAUAUAUAAAUAAAUUAAAAUCGGUUAUUUCAGAGUAGCUUUAGGAGGAGAGCCGGCGGGACCUGUGCCGGCGGACUGCCCUUCGGUGACCGCAGUCAAAGUGGCUGCUAAUAUGCGCUGUCCUCUCCAGUCCCCGUGAGACCGGCAAAUGCGUGCCGGAUGUAAUUUAUUUCGCCCUCUGUUCAGAUUGCUCGUUUUUUGUUCUUUUUACAUUCGGUUUAUUUCCCAUUCUUGGUGGGGCUGUCGUGCGUUGAGUGUCUGUAAGUUUGCGUGUGUCCUAGGCUAUACACAGUCCUUACUUUCCUUUCCGACAUGACUGGCUUGAAACGGGAAAGAAAUGAUGACGGCACCGUGGCCCGUCUGAAUGCAAUCCCAGACCCGCCCCAACCACCGAUCACACACGUGGUUCGUAAUGAAGCAAGGCCGCAGUUACGAGGCCCGAGUCGCCCUCUCACACCUGAGCUGCGGUCACCUGGUUAACCCGCAAAGCCGAUAACCGACAUGCUUCUCAUACGAGGCCGUUUCUUCCUCUUCUUUUUUAAAUUAUUUUUCGUUAAUUUAUACACAUGUAAUGUCUUACGAAAAAAAGAUUCAGCUGUGAUUUAAAAUGAGAAAAUAAAGCCUUUGUUGAAUCUG